AUGACCGGCUCAUCAUCCCAAUUUCAGCAACUUGAGAAGCUAGGCGAAGGAACUUAUGCCACCGUGUACAAGGGACGUAACCGAGCCACUGGCGCGUUGGUUGCAUUAAAAGAAAUCAACUUGGACUCGGAAGAAGGCACACCAUCAACGGCCAUCAGGGAAAUAUCAUUAAUGAAGGAGUUGGACCAUGAGAAUAUCGUGACAUUGUACGAUGUUAUACAUACUGAAAAUAAAUUGACGCUUGUAUUUGAAUUUAUGGAUAAAGAUUUGAAAAAGUAUAUGGAAGUUCACGGUCAACAAGGUGCAUUGGAUUUGAAAAUUGUCAAGAGCUUUUUAUUUCAGUUACUCAAGGGAGUCAUGUUUUGCCAUGAUAAUAGAGUCUUGCAUCGUGAUUUAAAACCACAAAAUUUAUUAAUCAAUAGUAAAGGUGAGUUGAAAUUGGGUGAUUUUGGAUUAGCUCGUGCAUUUGGUAUCCCCUUUAAUACCUUCUCCAAUGAAGUUGUUACUUUAUGGUACAGGGCCCCUGAUGUGUUAUUAGGUUCAAGAGCUUAUACCACAUCAAUAGAUAUUUGGUCAGCUGGAUGUAUAUUUGCAGAAAUGUGUACUGGUAAACCAUUAUUCCCAGGUACUGCUAACGACGACCAGUUGAUUAAAAUUUUUCGGUUAAUGGGGACCCCCAAUGAACGCACAUGGCCCGGAAUCAGUUCUUACCCCAAUUAUAAAAAUAAUUGGCAAAUUUUUGUCCCGCAAGAUUUGCGAUUGUUGGUGCCUAACUUGGAUUCCAUGGGUUUGAACUUGUUGAUGAGUUUGUUGCAAAUGAGACCUGAGCUGAGAAUCACGGCUAGACAAGCUUUGCAACAUCCGUGGUUCCACGAGAUAACAAUGCCCACUCCUGUACAGCACCAUUUAAGUGACCCUUACCAACAACAAUAUCAACAACAGCAACAGCAGCAACAACACCACUCAUCAGAUGCGGCACAACAACCUAUUAUUGAUCAACAGUAUUGA